AUGGCAGAGCCUGUUACACUUCCUCUUAACUAUUCCAGAAGGAGAUUGGAUAAUUCCCUCACCGAUGAAGACGAACUUUCUCCAUUAGAUAGAGCUUAUCAAGAAUUGUGCUUAGCAUGUAGAGCAGGGGAUUUGGACACGGUAGAUUCUCUAACUUCCACUGCAAACUUGAAUAUUAACUACGUAGAUGAAUGGGAUUAUUCUCCUCUAAUAUUAGCUUCAUUGUGUGGACAUCGAGAUAUUGUAGAGUUGCUUUUACUUCGAGGUGCGGUUUGUGAUAGAGACACUUUCGAAGGAGCCAGAAGUAUAUAUGGAGCUUUAAACGAUGAGAUCAGAGAUUUAUUGAUAAGCUUCGAUGUUUCUAAGAAGGUAGACAUCCUGCAACCAUUUGCAGCCCAUAUUUCAUCAUUGCUAAAUCCACAGGUUAAAAUCAAAACUAGAGACAUCACAUUCAAAUUUCCUCAAGUCCAUGGGGUUUUAAACAGAGAUUAUCAGGCCUUCCUGUUGAACAAGUUUUUACUUAUAGCCCGUAGUCCCUAUUUCAGAGAAAAGCUUUCAGAGGGUGGCGAUUGGUUUGGUAUUGAAGAUGUCAAAAUGAGUCCAACAAUAGAUCCAGCUGCUUUUAAGUGUUUCGUAGAUUAUGUCUACGUGAGAACGGAUUCCGUGUUCGUAGAUGAAAAUAGUAAACUAGGUGACUUGGCAGCACUUUAUAAACUUGACGACUUGACCGAAGCUAUUCAACUGAUAGAUACUGCCACGACCCCGGAACAGAGAUCAAAAUUGAAGAAUGAAAGUUCUGUAAAGCUUAUGGAAGCCGCCAGGCAAGAUAUGAGAAACUUCUUGCAGAAUGAAAUUUUUGGAAACAUGAAGUCUGUGGCGAUUGUUGAAGAAGCCGUUGAGGAAAACGGGGAAAUAGACGCAGAGGAUAUAAGCGUUGAAAAAUAUAUAACUCAACAGGAAAGAGCUCAACUUAUUGGAAAAAAUGCCAACGCUGAUAUAAUUGUAUCUGUAAUUGACAUCGACCUGGAGUCAGUGUGCUAUUACCCAGUCCAUAAGUCAAUAUUAUCAAGAUCACCUUAUUUUGAGACUAUGAUUCUUUCUGACAUUUUCAAUCAAAGUAAAGAUCAGAUUCCUGUCAUUCAGUUAUCUUCAAGUACUUCCUCCACUAUCGUUGCUGAAAUGGUACUCUCCUUUUUGUAUCACGAUGACGUUGAAAAUAUGCCCCUCAAGCUAACAAUUGACUUGUUAUUUGCAGCCGAUGAACUCUUCUUAGACAGAUUGAAGACAAUGGCCGCGGUAAGAAUUACCUCAGAGUUCAAAAACCUCGACCAUUCCACGAUUUCUGAGUUGCAAGAGAAAGUUGGAUACAAUCCAUAUGAGUUAAUUAGAGUUUCAUGGCAAACACAUUCUGACAGACUAGAACAGCACAUGAGUCGGUUUUUGGCGUACAACUUAAGGUAUAUCUAUGAAAAUCUGGACGAAAGGAAAUUGUUGUUAGAAUUAAUUGAAGAAAGUGCUGAUAGAAUUAAAGAUAGACAAGAUACAGAUACAAUUGAGUUGAUUGAUGAUAUUAGAUACUACUUGGUCAAGAAGUAUGGCAUAGAGAGUAGUGAUUUUGAACCUGAUAGUGACAAAUUUGAGGAGUUGAAUUUGUUUACUACAACUGACAAGUUGGAAGACAUUAGACUAUAUAAGAAAGCAGUGAUAGAGUAUGAGAGGGACAUAGCCUUGAUUGAGAGUUUGCUUGAGGAAGUUAAUCUUGAGGCAUGA